UACAGCCGGCCACCCAUCCCAUCCCCUUUUUCCCGCGUCCCAUCAAUCAUUUUCACGUCACAUCAAUCAUUUUCACCAUUUUUUGCAACCCGUGGCCGGAUGCAUGCAUGAUUUUGGCAACCCAUGAUGUUUGGCACGGCCCGAGGAGAGGUGAAUAAAUGGAGUUCGUCAGAGAAGAGAGUAGCAACAGAGUAGAGAAGGGAGCAGCAGAGCAGAGAAGGGAGUAGCAGCAGCUCAAGUAUAGAAAGCAGCAGAAGAGGAGCAACGCGAUCAGCAGCAGCGGCAGUUUAAUACUUCGAGAGCACUCACUUUCAUACCGCCUUAAAUCAUUAUCAUGGCUCAUGGUGGUCUUCCCGAGCUUCUUCAGCAGCGGUACGACGAGAACCAUAGGGGAAGGAUGAUAUUCACGGGACAACAGUUGGGUCCGUUACGAGCCCGGAGUGUGCACAAGAUUAAGGAGUUGGACCCUCGAUUCCACGAGCCACUCGCACGGGCGGGACUACUACCUUUCGCUCUCAUGAUGGCCGGAGCUCCCAUGGAGGUCAGUGGUAGGACACCUCUCUCGGCAAUUGAUGAGGCACUGCUCACAGGUCUCGUCGACCGCUGGCGUCCUGAGACACACACUUUCCACUUUCCUUUUGGUGAGAUGGCAGUAACACUGCGGGACGUGGCCAUGCUGACCGGGCUGCCAAUCAGGGGUGCCCCGUUAAUAGUUUCGCGACCCGCAAGGGAGCAGUGGAAGGGUUAUGUUGCAGAUAGGUUUAGUGUGCAAUACGACGGGAAGGAUGCUGGCCUCUCCAUGUCCUGGGUUCAUGGGCUGACACAGUUCGGCCCAUGCCCACUGGAUGCGGACGAGAAUACACUUAUGCAACACUAUGAGGUGUACUUAUACGUCCUGCUCGGAGGCAUCAUGUUCUGCAACACGGCAGGCGAUUAUGUCAUCCCACAUAUUGUAUGGUUAGCAGCCCACCUCGCGUCACAUCCUUAUGAGCCUACAUCUUACAGUUGGGGAUCUGCAGUGUUGGCUGCAACCUACAGAGGAUUGUGUGAUGCAACCUAGCGAACAAAGAGGAAGGCAACCAUUACAGGGUGCUUACAUCUCUUACAGUUAUGGAGUUGGGAGUACCUCCCGGUUUCCAGACCUUGGGUGCUCAAGUGCUACUACUCAGUUCACAUCUCUGAUGGCAUUGCAGAUGACAUAAGGCCAACGAUGGGGUAUCGGUGGAUUCAUGCCAGGCUAAGAUGGAGUCAGCAGCAAGACCAUGGUAACUACUCCAGGGUGAUAAGUGACCUGGACAUCCUUAGCGCUGAUCUAGUAGAUUGGGAUCCAUGGUGUAUGGCACGAGUAAAAGAAAUUGCAGAUGGUGGACUCCUGGCAUCCUCUUGUAGCCGUGACGCAGACUUAUGGUUGACCACAUGCUUCUUGUUGUACAUGAACUGCGUGGAAGUAUAUUCUCCAGAACGUGUACAGAGGCAGUUCGGGUACCGACAGGUGGUGCCUGUUCCAGCACCACGAGACGCCGGACGGGCGCACGAGUGGAGCUCAAAGGGGGGCGGAGGCACGCAGGACUGGGCAUCCAAGAAUGCCGAGUACAUACAGAGGUGGACAGAAUCAGCUGCGGUGGAUGUCAUCAUUACUGCUGGACAAUACGACGAGGCCACAUACUGGGACUACCUUGCUUGGUACCGUCCGCGCACGCGUGCCACCUUACUCAGCGGACCUGUACAGCCGGACCCCAGACCCUUCCCCGAGGAUCGUGCCCGCCUACUUCAUGUUGUGACUGAAGAGGCGUAUGAGAUGCAUACGCAAGCGGAUCAACCUUUUGGGGAACCAAGCAGGUCAUCAUCGCAGAGGGAUCGUAACCCUCUCCGGGAGUACAUGAGGACAAGAGGAUCCCGCUUCCUAAACGCUAUACGUGGUCUAGGUGGGUGUGCCCCGCAAUGGAGGGGGUACGACCAACAUGCCAUGGACCCGUCUCGUGCCUCCCACAGCAGGCAGUCCUCCCACAGCAGGCGGUCAUCCAGUGCUCGUGAGGAACCCGUUCGGUCAGAAUCACGACAUACAUCUUCAGCUUCGGCGCGUCAUGUCUCAUGUUCCGGUGCUGAGGCCGAGGAGUGCACGCAGCCUCCUGUGCCCGAGCAGGUUACGCUGGGUUCACUAGCACCUCUGGCUACGAUGACACCUCCGGCUGCAGCAUCUACUCAUCAGGAGGACGUCGUUGACUACACGUAGCAGACCCCUUGCUGGAGCGACCCUAAUGCUUUUGACUGGGGUGCUGCAAUGCAUGCGACAGCCACCUUCACUGAUCUACUCGGCGGACAGUCCUCCCAUGAUCUCAAUGAACCUGGAAGUUCACAUUGGUACCAGCAUGGCGAGCCUUCGGCACACUGGACUCCAUCGGAGCACGUUCUAGGGCCGUCCACACUUCCGCACGAGGAUCCUUCGGCAUGGUACAUGCAGAGCCGAGUAAGCGGGGCGGGAUACACGUUCGGUGAGGUUCCCAUAGGGCAGGCAGAUGAUGAUGAAGACGACCAAGGGCACGCAAGGCAGGGGCCUGCGCAGGCUGCUGGGAUGAGAGCCACAUACCCGCCAGACGCUUACACGCCUGGAGAUUGUGUGAGGCAUCGUCGCCGUUGAGUAGCCAGGACAAUUUGUCAUGACACAUGUAUUAUUGAUUUUAAUGUCGAGGUCAUCCCUAUUAUGUCUUAUUCACUGUAUUGUUAAUUUAAGAAAUUCUCAGUACAGAGGAAACAAUAGUAGUUGUAAAGCAUAAGUAGCAUGGAACCCGGUACAGAGGUUACACAUAAAGAGCGAACAACAACAAACAUUAUCAUGUACGAUACGCCUAAAGAACAUAAUAUCAUGCCUUAAGGGAAUAAAAUAUAUAGGGUUACAAUAGAUGCUUAGGGCGAAG